UCCCAUUGGUUCUCUCAGGAGCUUUUUCGCUUGGCCAAUCACCAAUUUCUGGCCUGGUCGCUACGAGUGUAUAAAAAGCAAAGAACGCGGUUUGCUCCCUCUCACUUCUAUUUUGUGUGAGCCGUGUUCGUUUCUUCUCUUAAGGAGUUUCAUAAUGUCUGGCCGCGGAAAGCAGGGAGGUAAAGCCCGGGCUAAGGCCAAGUCUCGCUCUUCUCGUGCUGGGCUGCAGUUCCCUGUGGGCCGCGUGCACCGCCUGCUGCGCAAGGGGAACUAUGCGGAGCGAGUGGGAGCCGGCGCUCCCGUUUACAUGGCUGCGGUGCUGGAGUAUCUCACUGCGGAAAUCUUGGAGCUGGCUGGCAACGCCGCCCGGGACAACAAGAAAACCCGCAUCAUCCCCCGGCACUUGCAGUUGGCCAUCCGCAACGACGAGGAGCUGAACAAACUGCUGGGGAAAGUCACCAUCGCGCAGGGGGGCGUCCUGCCCAACAUCCAGGCGGUGCUGCUGCCCAAGAAAACCGAGAGCCACAAAGCCAAGAGCAAGUGAGCAGGCGUCUGCUGCCGCUGUCUAGGCGAGGGAGAUCCGCCGCCACUCAGCCUCUGCACCCCAAAGGCUCUUUUCAGAGCCACUCACAAUGUCAGGCAAAGAGUUGUUAGUCCCUGUUCUGUUUCUUGGGGGUUGUUGCUAAGGGAACAUGAACCGGUUCAGUAGAAACUCACGCCCGGGUUGCUAUCCCGGUCGAAAUCGGGUGGCGAGAAUUUACAGGAGACUAAGUUCUCUCUGAAAACACGCCCCGUGGAUAGAAAAUCUCCUGGUCCCUGCCCAGAGCCCGGGAAACGUGUGAACAAAUAAGCUCCUUUGCCGGGGGAGAGACACUAGUAAUUUUAAUAAAGCGAGGAGAAAA